AUGACGCAGUUCCCCAAAGUGCUUCAUCUUCAACAUUCUUCUCUUCUCAAAACCCAUGUUGGUAUUUCCAGUGGCGUUUGUCAGCUAAUUGAAUGUCACAAAGCUUCAAAAUUAUGGUAUUAUCGAAAGGAAUGGGUAAAACGAUUUGAGCCUAUUCACAAUUGCAAUGAUGAAGUUUCGUUCACAUGUAACAUUCUUUCCUAUAAUAUUCGUUUUGGUCUCCAAUAUUCACAUCACAGCAUACCAGGAAUAUUUAUGCUUCGUUUUAUUGUUUUUAUGUUGGACUAG